AUGUGUCCUAAUCAGGAAAAUCGAAUCGAGGACCCAUAUGCGUACAUGAGUAGCGACCGUACAAAAGAGUACGGUAAAUAUCCCAUUGCCAUCUCGUUCCGAGCCGGCGCCUGUCUUGCCCCUAGUGAACUAGUCGCACCAACAAACCGGAGCAAAGUGCCGUCAAUCAGCAUCGUUUCCGAGAGCUGCGUCGCGACCUAUGACAUGCUCUUCUCAAGGGUGUACCGUUACCCAUAUCAACCAUCCCCCUCAACGUCAAACACCCCUAACCAUGAUUAA